AUGGAACUGAGCUUUGAAUUCUUCGUGCCCUUUCUGCUCUGGGGUGGCGCGGGGCUGUGGUCCCCGCAGCUUGUCUGGGGGGGUCCGGUAGGCCGCGCCUUGCUGGGGGCUCACCCUGUGGAGGUGAGCUGUCAGGAGUCCCAGCUGGCGAUCACUGUCAGCAGGGACCUCUUUGGCACUGGGAAACUCAUCAGGCCCCAGGACAUCACUCUGGGCCCGGGGCUCUGCCGGCCGGCGCUGGCCCUGGAGGAGGAGAUCAGGUUUGAGGUCGGCCUCCACGAGUGCGGGAACAAGUUGCAGGUGACGCCGGACGCCCUAGUGUACAGAACCUUUCUGCUCCACAUCCCUCGGCCUUCGGGCAACCUGUCCAUCCUCAGGACCAGCCCAGCGCGGAUCCCGCUCGAGUGCCGCUACCCCAGGCAUGGCAACGUGAGCAGCCGGGCCAUCCUGCCCACGUGGGUACCCUUCCAUACCACAGUGUCCUCCUCGGAGAAGCUGGUCUUCUCACUGCAUCUGAUGGAAGACGACUGGAGCGGUGAGAAGCAGAUGCCCACCUUCCAGCUGGGGGACAGAGCCCACCUCGAGGCCCGAGUCCACGCUGGCAGCCAUGUGCCACUGCGGCUAUUUGUGGACUCCUGCGUGGCUACGCCCACGGCUGACCAGCACGCCUCCCCAUCCCACACCAUCGUGGACUUACACGGCUGUCUCGUGGACGGUCUCUCAGAUGCCUCUUCGGCCUUCCACACCCCCAGACCUGCACCGGAGAGGCUCCGUUUCUCCGUGGAUGUGUUCUACUUUGCUAACGACUCCAGGAACACGGUUUACAUCACCUGCCACCUGAAGGUUGCCCCCGUGGACCACGGCCCCAAUGCACAGCACAAGGCCUGUUCCUUCAAUAAAGCCUCUGGCAGCUGGUACCCAGUAGAAGGUACCGAGGACAUCUGUGACUGCUGCUCUGCGGGGGACUGUGGGAUCCCAGAGACCCCCAAGAAUGUGUCCCAGUGGCUCCCCGUGAAUGUGUCCCAGUCGACAUGGCAGCGAGAUUGGGGAGAGCAUAAUCCUCGUGCCCGCAGACACGUGACCGAAGAGGCUGACGUCACCGUGGGACCCCUCAUCUUCCUGGGCAAGGCUGGGGACCGCGGUGUGGAGGACCUGGCCCUGCAGGGCCCUCUGGCGUUGGCCCUGGGCCUGGCCGCCGUGGCCUCUGUCAGUCUGGCUGUUGUUGUCCUGAGUCUCGCCAGAAGGACCCGGCCCACUCUGCCCGCUGUGAUGUGUCCCGACUCUGCUCUCUAA